AUGAAUCAUGAUCAGCAAGACAAACCAUCCUUCUUUGCUAUCAUCAAAGAAAAUUUCAACCAACUGAAAGUUCCACAAAAGAUUGUUAUGAAUUUGGGUGAAGAGUUGUGGAACAAGGAAUUAAUUAUUCUGAUAGGUUCCUCUGGUGAGAAGUGGCAAGUGAGUAUUUUGAAGAAAGGAAACGACAUGUAUCUGCAAAACACUGGUUGGGAACAGUUCAUGAAAGACAACUCAGUGGUGAAUGAAGAGUUCCUGGUUUUCACAUAUAAUGGAGAGAACAUGUUCCAUGUGAAAUUUUUUGGUAGGAAUGGAUUAGAGAGACCAAGCUUCAAGAAAGAAGAAGUUGCUGCAGAAGCUCCAACUGUGGUGAAGAGAAAGAGGGGUAGACCAAGCUUCAAGAAAGAGGAAAAAGUUGCUGCAGAAGCUCCUAUUGUGGUCAAGAGAAAGAGAGGUAGACCAAGAAAAAAUCCUGCUGCUGAGACAGUAUGUGCCAAGAAAGAAAAAGAAAAAGAAGCUCCAGAGACAGUUGUGGCUAGGAAAAGGAAUGAUGAACCAAGAAAAGCUCUUGCUGCUCAGAGAGUAUGUGUCAAAAAAGAAAAAGAGGAAGCUGUGGAAACAAUGGAGAUUAAGAGAAACAAGGGAAGAAGACCAAGAAAAAGUGCUCCUCCUGCUGCUGCUGCUGUUGUUAUUAUAAUAGACUGA